AUGGCAAAGAUCAUGCCUUUGCCCGCCAAAGGGCUGAGUCUGCGGCUGAAGAUUCUUUCGGACGAGUUUUCGUCUUGGGCUUCCUAUUUGCCUCGAUCUCCCGCAGAGACGGAGACGAACACAGGAUCUGCCACGCUAUCGGACUUCGUCGGUACGCAGGUCACAGGCCACGUAUGGCAGCUUUCUCUGCGCCAGCGAGGAAGCCGAGCUGUUCAGGAAGCGAUAGAGCUUUGCAGCAGUGACGCAGAACGUGAGGCCAUUGCCAAGGAGCUUAAUGGACACAUCUGGGAGGCAGUGCGCUGUCCCCAUGCCAACUUUGUGGUGCAACGGUUGAUCGUUGCUUUGCGGCCGUGUGCUUGCCAGUUUAUCAUCGAGGAGAUACUGCGGCCGGGCCCCAAGAGCAUCUGCUACCUGGCAAGGCACAAAUACGGCUGCCGAACGCUUCAACGGCUCCUGGAGCAUUGCAGCCACGAGCAGACAGCACCCCUGGCCGAGGCGCUGUUAUCCGAGGUGGUUCCACUGUCUCGGCACCCUUAUGGAAACUACGUACUGCAGCAGCUGCUCGAGCAUGGCAGUGGGGCUCACCAGUCGCUGGUCAUCCAACGACUCUUGAAGAGCGUCGCCCUCAUUGGCGCAGACUCCAAUGGAGUGGCAGUGCUUCUAAAGGCACUGGCCAAUGGAUCUUCUGAGGAGCGAGUGCAGCUGGCCUUGGCUUUGAAUAUGGAACCAGGCCUCAUCUUAUCCAUAGCCAGGAGCCGCUAUGGCCAUGCCGUGGCGCAGCUAGUGGUGAGCUACCUUCCAGAGCCUCAGAAAAUGGAGCUAUGCCGUGAGGUGGCGGCACACUCAGAGGAGCUGCGGGCAUCGCGCUACGGCAGACUUGUGCUGAACAACCUUGAGUCACAGGGCAGCCCAAUCGACAUCGACAUGGCGCUGCACAGCGAUACGGACGAGCAGUAA